AUGACUUCUCUCGACAUAGACAUCGAAGCCAAACCCCUCACAACCACAAUCCACGCCCUCUCCUCCCUCUCCUGGCACAACAUCUCCUUCUCCACCCCCACCAAACAAAUCCUCACCUCCAUCUCCGCACACGUCCCCCGCGGUGAAAUCCUCGCCAUCCUCGGCUCCUCCGGUAGCGGAAAAACGACGCUUCUCAACAUCCUUGCUCAGAGGAACCAGAAUGGGGGAAAGACGACCAUUGGGGGUGAUAUGUGGGUUAAUGGGGGAGUUAGGUUGACUGGGGAGGUGGUUAGGGAGGUUGGGACGUAUGUCGAGCAGGAGGAUGCGUUGCUUGGCUCGCUUACUGUGAGGGAGACAUUGGAGUUCGCUGCUCGGCUGGCGCUUCCCGACCUCUCCCGCGCUCUUCGUGCUGAACGUGUUACAACUCUCCUCCGUGCAUUCGGUCUUACGGAGCAGGCUGAUACCCAGAUCGGUACGGCUCUUGCUCGCCGGAAGGGUAUCUCCGGCGGGCAGAAACGGAGGGUGAGCGUCGCGUGCCAGAUCAUCAGUAUGCCUCGCUUGGUCUUCCUGGAUGAACCCACGUCUGGCCUCGACUCGGCCGCUAGUCGCGAGGUCAUUUCUCACCUUCAAUCAUUUGCCCGUGCGCAUGGGAUGAUCAUCGUCUGCUCCAUCCAUCAACCAUCCUCGGCCACCUUCGGCCUAUUCGACAAAACUCUCCUACUUUCGCGUGGGAAACAGAUCUAUUUUGGACGGGUGGGUGAGGUCGAGGAGUAUUUCCACAGGAUUGGAAAGCCGGUUGGGAAGGGUGUGGGUAUUGCUGAUCACAUGCUCGACGUUACGAACGUGGAUUUUUGGGGAGAUGAGGAGGAGGGAAAUCGUCACGUCGAGGAGAUGGCCAACGCAUGGUCCUCCUCCCCCGAAGCCUCCACUCUCGAACACCUCCUCACAGCCCCCUCCCCUGCCUCUGCCUCCCACCUCCCACGCUCCUCAAGCCGCAACCAUCACUCAACCUUCUGGCACCAAAUCCUCACCCUAACUCACCGCACCCUCCUCAAAUCCUACCGCGACCCUCUUGCCUACACGAUCCGCUUCUUCAUGUACCUCGCCCUUGCCCUCCUCAUGGGUACGACGUUCCUCCGUCUCCCCGCAACCCAAUCCUCCCUCCAAUCCCUCACGAACGCGAUCUUUUUCGGAGGUGCGUUUAUGUCAUUCAUGCAAGUCGCCGCUAUCCCAUCCGUGUUGGAGGAUUUAGUGAUGUGGGGACGCGAGGGCACCGGGAGGGGAGGCGGGGAGGGAUUGUACGGGCCUGGAGCGUUGUUGGUUAGUGGCGGGGUCGUUGGUGUGGGCUUUUUGGGGGGGAUUGUGGUGGUUGUUGGGGUCGUUAGUUAUUGGAUGAUCGGGUUUCAGCCUACGGCGGUGGGGUUUUGGAAGUAUGUUAUGUGGUUGUUUUUGGAUUUGUACGCUGCGGAGUCGUUGGUCGUGCUCAUCUCGGCCAUCAUACCCAUUUUCGUUGGGGCGUUGACGAUUACGGCGUUCGUUAAUGGGCUCUUCAUGGCUGUGGGAGGCUUCCUGGUCUCGCCAAAUCAGUUGAAUGUGUUUUGGAGGUAUACAUUCCGGUACAUUGAUUAUCAGCGCUAUGUCUUUGAGGGUAUGAUGAAGAACGAGUUUGCGAAUAGGAGGUACUCUUGUGAGGGACAAAGGUGUAUUUACGACAAUCCAUUGGCCGGGGAGGGAUAUAUCUCCGGACAAACGUUCUUGGACCAGAACGGGUAUGGGAAUGUGAAUGAGGGAAAGUGGGUUGCGGUGUUGCUUGGGAUCAUUCUGGGGAUGAAGUUGCUGACCUGGGUUAUUUUGAAGGCGAAGAAAUAG